AAGCCAACGAGAUUUUUUGAGCAGAGAAAAGCAGAUUUGUGGAAGAAGUUGUUGAAGUGGAGUAGCUUAGCUUGGCCGUGUCGUGUGUCGCUGUCGUGUGGUCGGCCCCUUCGAUAUAAUAUUUUUUAUUUUUCUGGGAUUUUUAUGUGUGUCGUUUGUUGGAAGCCCCCAAUUAUAAAAAUAUCGUCGGAUUAAUUUCCAAUAAAAUAAAGAAUUCCAAUCGAAAACGAACGAAGAAGGUUUUUAUUUUAUUCGAGGUGAAAGAAAAAAAAAACGAAAAAGGUGCAAGUUGCAACAAUCAAGUAAAGUUGAAGUGUUUUCAUGUAAAAGUCUUGAUUUUUCCAAAUGUUUAAAAUCCAGGAAUUAUAAUAUCCUGGUGCCAAGAAGUGUCACUAAGAAAUUUGAAGAAAAAUCGACAAAUUGAAAUUAGAAAAAAAAAAUUGUGUAGUGUCUUGCUAAACAACUCAUCUCAGCAAAACAACAAUUUUAUUUAUUGGAUUUAAUCAUCAUUACUUUGGAAUCAUUUUGAACGGAUUUGAUUCAAGAAAUACUAGCCUGAAAUUUCACCAAAAACAAAUCAGAUAAUUCGGGAACAAAACGAUUCAAACCAAAAUCGAAUAUAAUCAUCGUUUUUUUGUAUCAAUAACUUCAAAGGCCUUCCAUUGGCAACAUGGGAGUGCCAAUAAAUACAACAACAAAAAAGUCAACGACGGCGUCAAUGACUGAUGCAUUAGUAUCAAGAACCACCACCACCAACAACAACGCCGCCAGAUUACAACAAAAUCCAAUGCUGCCAACAAUAAGACAACAAACAAAUAAUACAACUUCAACAACAACAACAAGAAACACACACAACAACAACACAAACAAUAAUAAGACUUCAUCACAAUGCACCACAUCAUUAUCAGCAUUAUCACAUUCCAAUGAGCCAUUAAUUGGUGAUAUGUCACCAGUAAUGUCGUCAAAUAAUGUCGAAGAUGUCAAAUCCCACCGAUGGCGUCGUCGUUCUUCGACAUCACCAUCAUCAUCUUCUUCGUCGUCAUCAUUAUCAGCAGCAUCACAUUUUAUGACAACAUUAAUGACAAUGUGUUUAAUGGUAGCUGUAAUGUGCUCACUGCCAAGUCUAACAACGGCGACUGAUAUUCAAUUGAAAUUAGAUUUUACAAAAACCGAAUAUUCGGUAUGGAAUAAGAAUACGACUUAUGUGAGUUCGACAAAAUAUAAUGCACGUGGCAUGAGUCCAUUUUAUAAUAUUACCCAUGAAGUUAUGAAAUUGUUUAUUGGAACGGAAGCUAUCCCGAAAGGAUAUAUUUCUGUAACCGAAAAGCAAGUGCGUCCUGGGCCAAAGGUUGAGCACAACGAAUGGGGUGAUUUAAUAAAACAUUACUGGCCAAUACUCCUGGUUGUUAUUCUAACUGCAUUGCUAGUCAUUUUGAUGCCAAUAAUUGGAUUAUGCUUUUGCUGUUGUCGUUGUGCGGGUGCUUGUGGUGGACGCUCCCAGCCAUUCGAUAAGAAACACGAUACCUGUCGCCGGGUAUUCCUAGGCUUUCUAUUGAUUUGUGCCGCUACUGGAAUUUUGUUUGGUGUAAUAAUUGCCUUCACAACAAAUGCCUACAUGCAAGAGGGUGUUGAUGAAGCUACUACUGCGGUGCGUCAUGGUAGUCAAGAUACCGGAGCAUUCCUUAAUACUACAUCGAAACAAAUCAACCAUUUACUUGUUGACAACUAUCAUCAGCUAUCGCGACAACUUGAACAUAUUUUAAAGAAUACAUCAGGAAGUCUUAUUAGAAAACUCGAAGAAACAUCUAAAGCGGUUUCAUUAAAUCAUCUUAUGGAUUUCUUAGACAACUUGCCUGACAUAAAUGUUAAACUACACCGAAUGAAAAAUAUUACCAACGAACUUCGUGUUUAUGCUUCUCAAUUGAGUGAUGGACUUCGUGGUGUUAAACGUGAUCUAUUGGUUAUGUUGACCAAGUGCCAAACACAAGAAUGUAAAGAUGUUUUGCAAAAUUAUGAAAUCGGAAAAUUGGAUACCAAUGGAUUUGAUUAUAAUCAGAUGCUAGACAGAUACUUCCCAAGGCUUCCCGAUGUCACAAGUAUUAUUGAAAGUGUUGAUACUUUAAUUGCCAAUGGUAUUGCAUCGGCUGGUAGAGAUGGUCGUAAAGCUUGGACAAAUUUGCAAAACGACAUCAAUCGAACCAUCGAAGAACAUAUUCCAAAAAUUACCGAAUCAAUUGAAAAAGUUGGAAAAGAGCUCAAAAAAGCAUCUGAUGGAAUCAACGACUUAUUUACAAAGAUUACCAAAAAUAUCGAUGAACAAACUAAUUCUGGUACAACAUUGGCCGAUAAAUAUAUACAUGAAUAUAGUAUUUAUAGAUUCUAUGCUGGAAUAGCUAUUAGUUCGGUGCUAUUAGUGAUUCUGACUGCAUUAACAUGUGCUCUAUUCUGUGGUAUUUGUGGUAAACGUCCAGAUGGUUACGGAGAUGAUUGCUGCAACAAAGGUUCUGGUUCCAGAUUCUUAAUGCUAGCUGUUGCUGUGAUUUUCUUAACAAUUUCGAUAUUGGCAGUCGCUGCUCUCGUCCACUUCCUCAUUGGAUUGGUUCUACAACGUGGUGUUUGCGUUCCUCUCAGGAAUCCAAAAACCGAUGACUUAUUCCAGUAUGUUGAUAACUUGGUUGAUCUCAAUAACGUAUUCUACAAUACCAACAAUCCCAAACAAAGAAAUGGACCACUUAGCACUGGCAAUUUACCACCAUUCCGUAUUUCUCAUGUCAUUACCGCUUGUCAAGCCAAUGAAACAAUUUACGAAGUUUUACAUCUUUAUAAUCUCUUUGAUAUCGAAUCAAUCAAUGAAUACCCAGCUCAAUUGAAUGUUAUUAAAACUCUUGAAGAAUUUGUCGAUGGUAUUAAUUUCGAAUCAAAAAUUGUCAUUCUUAGUGAAGAGAAUGAAAAGAAGAUUCUUGCCAUUGCCUCGUCAGAUUUAAAUACAUUCGAUCGGGAUAAGUUCACUGACAAUCUUAAUGAAAACAUUACAAUUUAUUCACUCAAAUCAUUGGCAACUCAGUUGAGAAAAACUGCUGAGAAAAUCAAAGGCAGCUCAAUGAAUGACGUUCAAGUUGGUCUUCGCAAUCAGGCAUUGCAUUUGGAGACUUAUGAAGAUAAUCUGGUGCUUCCAAUGCGUGAACAAACACGAGAAUUAAUUGCUCUAGCUGAAGAACUUCAAUCUAAACUCAGCUAUCAAGAUAAAUCAUUUGAAAAGUCUAUAAAGUCACUGGUGAAUGAGAUCAAACAAGCUCAAACAUUCAUCAAUGUUAAGGGACGUGACUUUAUUAAGGAAACAGCUGUUAAAUUGACCACAUUCUUCAGUGAAGAAAUUCAACGUUAUUUGGAUUUGGUCAUUAAAUCUAUACAGACGAUAGUUGGUAAGUGUGCCCCAUUGGCACAUGUCUAUGAUUCAGCUAUUGUAUCAGUUUGCAAUAAAUUUGUCGAUCCAUUGAAUGGUUUCUGGGCUGGUGUUGCCUGGUGUGUCAUCCUUUUCCUGCCAACGUUAGUGAUAAGUGUUAAGCUAUCUAGUUUGUAUCAGAAAUCAGAUCCCUAUCCGGGACCCCUAGUCGAAUCGGAGUAUUUGUAUGAUGCGUACAGUGAACGUGAUCACAUUCCAUUGGCAAAUGGACCUAAAAAUAAACGAAGAAAGAGCAAAGAACGUAGACGAAGCUCUCGUGAUCGUCGAGCCGAUUACUUUGAAGACUCAGGCUCAUCUCAUGGACCUGGACCAGCGGGUGGACGUGACACUCGUUAUAAUGAUAUGGCUCCAAAGCACUGGGAUGGUGGACCACCAAGAUAUCAAAAUCCUCCAAUGGCACCACCAGCAUCCGAAUACGAACGCCCACCGCCAUAUUACUACCCAGGAGCGUCCGAUCAGGAUUAAAUAAACAAAAAAUUGAUUUGCAAUUGAAAAUCCUUAAAAAACAACAAAAUGAUGAUAUUUCAAAACCAAUAUAAUAAUAAUAAUAAUAUUAAUUAAAAAAUUUUAUUAAAAUUAAUUUCCAAAAGAAAAAAUAAUAUUAAUUAUAAUGAUAAAAAAAAUCCUUUCUUUUUAAAAUUGUCCUUGCAAAACAAAAGAAAGAAUGGAGAGACUGUAUUUUAUUUCAAUUUUCAAUUUAUUUUUAUUUUUGUUUUGAAUAAUUAUUUUAUGUUUUUCUUUUUAAUUAUAUAAUUUGUAUUGUUAAUUUAAAAAUUUUAAAAACUAUAUGUGUAUACCUUUUUUUUUUGUUAUAUUGAUCUCUAUCUCUCUAGAUCAAAUACAAAAAAGAAAAUAUUAAAACGAAUCACAACCAAACGCUGAGAGAAAUAUAAUUUUAAUUAAAUUUAGUAAAAAAAAAUAAACAAUAAUUAUGAAAUAUAUUUGAGUUUUUAAAACAAAACAAAAAAUAAAAAUAAAAAAAAUGUGGAUUUAUAUAAAAUUUAGUUUUUAUUUUUAUUUAAUAAAUAAAGUUAAAAAAACAUGGUCCUAGUGACAUCCGAAUCAAAGUUGCAUUUAAAUAAAAAAAAAAAGUGUGCACAGAAUCUUUAUUCAAUGCUGGAGUUAUAGAUAUUAAAUAAUACUUUUAUUUUUUUUGUUUUUAAAAUAAGAAUAAGAGUUUUUGAAUAAAGAAUAUAAGAGAACAAUAAGUAAAAUAAAAAAAAAAAUAAAACUUAAAAAAAAAAUAUGUCCAAGAUUUAUUAUUAAUCAUAAGUCUAUUAAGAGAGAAAAAAUAAAAUGUUAAAUUAAAAGAAAAGAAAAAAAAAUUGCUGUUUAUAUUAUUUGUUUAAAAUAAAAUAAAAAAAAUAAUAAAAAUAAACUAGACUUAUAAACAAUUAAAAUAGAAAAACAAAAUCAAGACCAUUUCCCUGUUUAAAUGAAAUAAAUAAACAAUUACUAUAUAUACAUUCAAAAAAAUAAAAAAAAAUAAAUACGAGUUUCAAUUAUUACUACACACACAUUUAUAUGUACGAUUUAUCUGUAUUUAUGUAUUUAGAUCAAAUUUUUUGAAACAUUCAAAACAUCAAGUGAAAAAAAAAUAUAUUUAAUAAAUUAUGUGAAUUUAAUGAAAAAUAAAGCACACAUAAUUAUAUUCCGAAUUUCAAUUGUAAUCAAAAAUAAAAAAAAACCAAAAUAACAAAAGGAGAAAGUAAAAAUAAACUGCCAUUUAAAUAAAACAACAAAAACAAAAAAUUAAAAAGAAAAACAAACACUUUUAAUGAAUCUAUAAAUUAAAAAAUAUAAUUUUUAAAUAGUUCAACAAUGACAGAAAAGAAGUAUUUAUAUUUAAUACACAACAGUUUUUUAUGUGUAACGUUGAUAUUCAGUUUAGAAUAGAUUAUUUUUUACAGACUUUUAUUGAAAAUAUUUUUUUUUUUCGAAUAUUGAAUGCUUUGUAGCUUACAUAAAAAUUUUGGUUAAAAUGAGUAUUUAAUGCCAGUUUUAGAUUAAAGAUAAUGUAAGAAAAAAAAAAGCCAAGAUAGGGGUCAUAUACAUACAUAACUCAGUUUCAUUCAUUUCAGAUGAGUUGAUUGUGAUUUUUCUGCAGUGAAUCUAAGCAAAAGUAGCAAAAAUGUUCCCAAAUAAUACUGUCAAUUUCGAUUUCAAAAAGAAAACCACAAACUAUACUAGUGCUUGGAUCAAAAUAAUGUUUACAAAAGAAAAUUAAAAAUAUUUGUUCACUAUGGCGUAUGCGUAUUUUUUUUAAAGAAUUUAAAAUUCGAUUUUUAAGUAGAAUUUAAAAUAGAGGUUCACUAGGGUGUAUACGCAUUUUUGUUAAAAAGGAAAACUGAAAAUAUUGGCUCACUUUGGCGUAUACGUAAUUUUUUUAUAAAGAAGAAUUUAAAAUAUUGGUUCAAUAUACGUAACCGAAAACCCCAAAGUGGUUGGUGAUGCUUUUUUUGUGACAAAUAUUUGUCCCUCGUCCGAUCCGGUAGCUGUUCUCAGGAUAAAAAAAAUGUAUUUGGUGAUGGGUCUAAGGAACUUCUUGUUAAUUUUGAAGUCAGUUGGCUUGCUCGCUUACUCCGGAGCUUAUUUUAAUCAAGCUGUUACACGAUGGAGUGACAGAUUGAAUUUUCUUUUUAGAUUUGUGCUGGUACCAGUAAGAUACUUGGCAUUGGGUUUGGUUCACAAUCUGAUAACCCGGAUUCCCUGGGUCUCGUAAGUACGUGAAUUAAAAAUGCUUAAUACCGUAUCAAUAUGAUGUAUUCAUUGAAGCUAUGGCCUUUUGUGUCAUGGUGUCAAUGUGAAUUAGAUGUACACCAAUUCAAAGGUUAAUGAAUGCUUUCGACUGAGUAUGAUUUUUUGUCUCGAAAUAGCAUGGUUAAUUGGCCCAGUUUUCUAAUUUUCAACCCAACAGAUAAUUUUUAUGGAAAUGUGUAACAGUUUUUCAUUAAAUGUGCGGAUGGGAAACAUGAUUAAUUAAUAGAACAAAUAAUGGAUGCAAAUUUUUUCCAUCCUCGUUAUUCUUAACUGGCCAAAACGAUGAACACUAUUUUUAAUCAAAAUUAAAAAAAAAUAUAUUCUAUACAAAUAAAAAAAUUCAUAUAAUAUAAAAAAGCUCAAUAAAAUUAAAGAAUUUCUAUGAAAAUAUUAUCUAUUAACAUUUCAUAAUCUAAAUUAUUUUAGUUUUCAUUUCUUUAAAUA